AUGGGGUCUACCGCGUUUGGAAACUUUGACAGCUUUUGCAGUUCCUCCACCUUGCCAGUGUGUAAUCUCUUCUCUGGACCGAAUCAUGACCAGACAGGACCAUGGGGAGGUUGUCAACUGAAAGGCAUCUCCUUGAGCGGGGGCCGUCAUCUGGGCAACCUAGGCUCCAUCCUUCUUUGCGGUGCAGCCAUUGCAGUAGCGAUCCUGCUGUUACUUCGGUCCGAGAAGAAGAGAGCCGCCGUUGGUCGAAGGGAGAUGCAACUGUUCCUCAUAGGUUACAUUCUCAUCAGCGUCUGCGAAAUCUUUUCAGUUGGCGAGUUUCCGCUCAACCCAACAGCUCGAGUCGUCUUUAGCGCCGUCCACAUUGGCCUCAUCAUCGCGACAACCUGGAUCCUGAUGCUCAACGCGGUCGUCGGCUACCAGCUGAUUGAUGACGGGACACCCCUCUCGAUUGGGCUGCUCUUCGCUUCCGCCGCCGCCUUGUUCAUCGGCACCGGAUACAUCGGCCUGGAUACCGGCCUCCAGUGGACCAAGUUUUGGAACAGCAGCUACGAGCUCCCAAACAGAAACGUCGCCUUGUACGUCCUCUACCAGCUGAUGCCCCUCCUCUUCCUCGUCGCCUUCUUCGUCCUCGAGGCCGUUCUCGUGGUUCGGAUCCUGGGAGAGAUUCAACCCAUGCUCUACCUCAUCUCUGCCGCCUUGUCCUUUGCCAUUGGACAGGUGUUCAACUAUGCCAUCAGCCGCCACAUUUGCAGCGGCACCAGCGGCAAGAUCGACGGGUCUCUGUUUGAGACGCUUUUCACCCUGCUCUCCGUUGUGCUGGUGUGGAUUUUCUGGUCGAGCAUUACUGAAGACGACUGGCCGAUGCAAACGGCCGGUACCUACGAUUAG